AUGGGCGACUGGGACGAUGAAGAUCAAAAUGAUAUUGUAGCUAAGCAGAUUAAAACCUCCUGGGACGAUGACGACGAUGAUGCUAUCCCUGAAUCUUGGGAUGCAGAGCCGGCUAGCAAGACAACAUCGAAACCUGCUAGUCAAGCACCACCUAAACUAUCACUAGCUGAACGUAUAAAAUUGAAAGAGGAGCAAAAACGAAAAGAAAGAGAAGAGAAACUCAAAAGACAAGAAGAAGAAUUAAAACAAUCUCAGCCUGCAACAGAACUUCAACGUGAAAAACUUGCUGAAGAGGCAGAACUUGGCCUAUUGAAAGAUACUUUCGGUCCUACCCCUGUUCAGAAUGUUAAUAAAGAAACUAUUGAUUCGUGUUGUCCAACAACUAAGGAGGAAUUUAAUCGUUUGCAUGAAUUACUUGUGACUAAAAUUACAACUAUACAGAAAUCUCCACAUUACAGUGCAUUUGCAGAAAGUUUAAUCCGUGAUCUUACUGUUGAAAUGGAAAUCGACACACUACGUUCCGUCAACACUGCUAUCAAUGCAUUGAUAAGUGAAAAACAGAAAUUGGUUAAGGGUAAAACGAAGAAGAAGGCGAAAGGCAAGCUGCUGGUUGAAAGAGAGAACGACUACAACUAUGGAGGAGAUGAUGAUGCUGUUGCCGAUGAAUAUGAUGAUUUUAUGUAG